AUGCCGGAAUAUGCUUGGCUUCCCAGCCUGGACUUCUCCCAGGACGCCGAUGUUGUCCAGGAGCGGCCAGUAAGGCAGCCGAUUCGUUGGCCUGGUGAACUGACUGCGGCUGAGAAAGCUGCUCUCCUUGACCUACUGCAGGCUGGGGCUGAAAUGCUUCCAGAAGCACCUUUGCCGGUUACUCGGAUGCAUUUUGACCGGUUGAUGGAACUUGUCUUUAGUGACAAGUGGAAUUCGCGCGUCGGGGGUACCAAAAUCAACGGCCCUAAGUUGAUGUGGUCCUUUACCGAUGCGGAAGGCAAGAUGGUCGAGCCCAAGUACAUCGACGAUACCACUGGAGUACUAGAGGCAAUGGUGGAUCUCAAAGCCGAGCUCAUCCAGGAGUAUGACAGGCACGAGGAGAAGCGCGUGCGCGAGUACAAUACGUGCUGCAUUGUUAACCUGGCACGUCGACGUAUCGCCAGAUUUUCAAAGGCUGGGACUGAGAACCCUCCAUGCGUCGACGUCAGAGACCUUCCCAAACACCUUGUCAGGCUGACGCGCGCCCAGGACAUUGUCACGGCUAUGGCGAAUUCCUGUGAGAUUGAGAGGGAUUCUGAGACUGAGGAGGAUGAAAUCAAGAAGGAGGAUGAGAUUAAGAAGGAAGAAGAGAUCAAGAAGGAAGAAGAGAUCAAGAAGGAGGAUGAUUCCGAGAGCAAAUGA